AUGUUCUCAAGGGUAGCAUCGACGACCGCCCGUCGGGUCUUGACCUCGUCGACCACGCCUCGUCUCGCCUCGGCCAGCAGGCAACUCCUCAACCCUGCCGCCAAUGUUGCGCGCCGCUCAUAUCACGAAAAGGUCCUCGACCACUACAGCCGGCCACGAAACGUCGGUUCCAUGGCCAAGACGGAUGUUGAUGUUGGCACUGGUCUCGUAGGCGCACCUGCUUGUGGCGAUGUCAUGAAGCUGCAGAUUCGUGUUGACCCCUCCAACAACACCAUCUCCGACGUCAAGUUCAAGACAUUUGGCUGCGGCAGUGCCAUUGCCAGCUCCAGCUACCUUACCGAGCUGGUCCGGGGAAUGACUUUGGAGGAGGCUGGCCGUGUCAAGAACACAGAGAUUGCCAAGGAGCUCUGCUUACCCCCAGUUAAACUCCACUGCUCCAUGCUUGCUGAGGAUGCCAUCAAGUCUGCUAUUUCGAACUACUACACAAAGAACCCUCAGGCCAAGACGACGAACCUCGCUGGCACUGCGCAGGCAAUCCCUGCGGCUGGCGAGGCCGCCGUUGCCGCCGCCUAA